CGUUAAAAGGGAGAGGGGCGGAGCUGGGUACGUCCCGGGAGGGUGGAGCCUGACGCCGGAGGCACUUCACUCAACGGCUUCCUCCCGCGUCCCCCGGGGAAUGGAAGCCCGCGCCCCUCUACGAGGGGGAACCAUACUCUCCCCGAGGGAAUCCUGGGCGGCCCCCCUCUUCCUGGCUGCCCGGACCGCUCCGUCCUCGAACCAGCCGCAGCGAGGACACCCUGAACGGUCACUGAUAUGAGCACUGACAACCAGGGCUCUCCCAGCGGGGCCCCGGGCCGCUCUGAAAACGAGCGCCCCUCAGCAUCUGUCUCCCAGGGGCGCCGGUCCCACCGCCUAGACAGCUGGGGGCCUCCGCUAGGCUUCCCCCUGCCCGACCCGGCGGCUCCUCUUCCUCCGGGAAAUUUCGUCUACUACAGCCCGCCGUCCCGUAACGAACGCGGGCCCGUUUUCCGGUGGUGGGCUGGCGGGGUAGUACGCGUGGGGCGGGCCCACGGCACGAGGCCGGGGUGCAGAAACGCCGUGCACCGUCUUCUCAGGGCCCGCCGUCCGCCAGUCAGGCGGCCACAAUGGAGCCUCUCCACCCGCAAACACACGCCCACCCGCCCGCUCAGACGCGCGGGCUACCCCGGAGUUGCGGAGGGGAGGUACUGCGCAUGCGUGGGGGGAAGGGCGGGACGCAGGGGACGCACGGCCUGCGCGUCGGGGCGGAUGCAGUUCCGGCCGCUCCGGAGCCUCUGCUUCCGGCCCGCCCGGAGCCGCGCCCGCUGCAGGCCGCGCCCGCCGCCCUGCCCCGCCCCGUCCUGUCCCCCGUCGCUCGUCCCCGCCCCGGCCGAGCCGGUUGCAGCAGCAGCAGCAGCUGCAGCAGCAGCAGCGUCGGCAGUACCAGCUGCUCCUUCCCGGCGGUCGACCUCCGCGGGUCCCUCCCUGGCUGCAGGGCUAACCGAGGUAGAGGCAGCAGCACCGGCAGCUCCUUCCAGGCGGCCGACCAACCCGGGUUCCGCCCCGGCUGCAGGGAAAACCGAGGUAGAGGUGCCAGUACCGGCUGCUCCUUCCCGGCGGCCGACCAACCCGGAUCCCUCCCCGGCUGCAGGGAAAACCGAGGUAGAGGUGCCAGUACCGGCUGCUCCUUCCCGGCGGCCGACCAACCCGGAUCCCUCCCCGGCUGCAGGGAAAACCGAGGUAGAGGUGCCAGUACCGGCUGCUCCUUCCCGGCGGCCUCCGAUCUCCGCGGGUCCCUCCCCGGCUGCGGGGAAAACCAAGAUAGAGGUGCCUGUACCGGCUGCUCCUUCCCGGCGGCCAAACAACCCGGGUCCCUCCCCGGCUGCAGGGAAAACCGAGAUAGAGGUGCCAGUACCCGCUGCUCCUUCCCAGCGGCCUCCGAUCUCCGCGGGUCCCUCCCCGGCUGCAGGGAAAACCGAGGUAAAGGCGGCAGUACCGAGUGCUCCUUCCCGGCGGCCGACCACCUCGGGUUCCUCCCUGGCUGCGGGGAAAACCGAGGUAAAGGCGGCAGUACCGAGUACUUCUUUCCGGCGGCCUCCCAUCUCCGCGGGUCCCUCCCCGGCUGCGGGGAAAACCGAGGUGAAGGCGGCAGUACCGACUGCUCCUUCCCGGCGGCCAAACAACCCGGGUCCCGCCCCGGCUGCAGGGAAAACCGAGGUAGAGGUGCCUGUACCAGCUGCUCCUUCCCGGCGGCCAAACAACCCGGGUCCCGCCCCGGCUGCAGGGAAAACCGAGGUAGAGGUGCCUGUACCAGCUGCUCCUUCCCGGCGGCCAAACAACCCGGGUCCCUCCCCGGCUGCAGGGAAAACCGAGGUAGAGGUGCCAGUACCGGCUGCUCCUUCCCAGCGGCCUCCGACCUCCCCGGCUGCAGGAGAGACCGAGGCAGAGGGAGGACCCAGCGCCGCGCCGCCCGCCCCGGAGACCUCCGCCUCGCCCUCCGAGCGCCCCACCCUCGGGAGCAGCAUGGCAGAUAAUCUCAGUGAUGCCUUGAAGAAGCUGAAGAUAACAGCUGUUGACAGAACUGAGGAUAGUUUAGAAGGAUGCUUGGAUUAUCUGCUUCAAGCACUGACUCAAAAUAAUAUGGAAACAAGCGAAAAAAUCCAAGAAAGUGGAAUACUUCAAUUGUUUGAAACUCUGUUGAUUCCACAGUCUCCCUGCACAGCCAAAGUAGCUAACAUCAUAGCUGAAGUUGCCAAAAAUGAGUUCAUGCGAACUCCAUGUGUGGAUGCUGGAUUGAUUUCACCACUGGUGCAGCUGCUAAAUAGCAAAGACCAGGAAGUGCUGCUUCAAACGGGCAGGGCUCUAGGAAACAUAUGCUAUGAUAGCCAUGAGGGCAGAAAUGCAGUUGACCAAGCAGGUGGUGCACAGAUUGUAAUUGACCAUUUAAGGUCACUGUGCGGUAGAACAGAUCCCGCCAAUGAGAAGCUCUUGACUGUCUUUUGUGGCAUGCUGAUGAACUAUAGCAAUGAGAAUGAUUCCCUUCAGGCUCAGCUUAUCAAUAUGGGUGUUAUUCCUACCCUAGUGUCAUUACUGGGCAUCCACUACCAAAAUGCAGCUCUUACAGAAAUGUGUCUCGUAGCAUUUGGCAAUUUAGCAGAACUUGAGUCCAGUAAAGAACAGUUUGCCAGUACAAACAUUGCUGAAGAGAUGGUAAAACUAUUCCAGAAACAAACAGAACAUGAUAAGAGGGAAAUGAUUUUUGAAGUUCUUGCUCCAUUGGCAGAAAAUGAUGCUAUUAAACUACAGCUGGUUGAAGCAGGUUUGGUAGAAUGUCUACUACAGAUUGUUCAACAGAAAGUGGAUAGUGACAAAGAGGAUGAUAUUGCUGAGCUCAAAACUGCUUCCGAUCUAAUGGUUUUAUUACUUCUUGGAGAUGAAUCCAUGCAGAAAUUAUUUGAAGGAGGAAGAGGUAAUGUGUUUCAAAGGGUGCUGUCCUGGAUUCCGUCAAAUAACCACCAGCUGCAGCUUGCUGGAGCGUUGGCGAUUGCAAAUUUUGCCAGAAAUGAUGGAAAUUGUAUCCAUAUGGUAGACAAUGGAAUAGUAGAGAAACUUACGGAUUUACUGGACAGACAUGUAGAAGAUGGAAAUGUAACGGUACAGCAUGCAGCACUAAGUGCCCUCAGAAACCUGGCCAUUCCAGUUGUAAAUAAAGCAAAGAUGUUAGAAGCUGGGGUCACAGAGGCAGUUUUGAAAUUCCUUAAAUCCGAAAUGCCCCCGGUUCAGUUCAAACUUCUGGGGACAUUGAGAAUGUUAAUAGAUGCACAAGCAGAAGCUGCUGAACAACUGGGAAAGAAUAUUAAGUUAGUGGAGCGUUUGGUGGAAUGGUGUGAAGCUAAAGACCAUGCUGGUGUGAUGGGAGAGUCAAACAGACUGCUCUCUGCCCUCAUACGACACAGUAAAUCAAAAGAUGUAAUUAAAACCAUUGUACAGAGUGGUGGCAUCAAGCAUCUAGUUACCAUGGCAACUAGUGAACAUGUAAUAAUGCAGAAUGAGGCCCUUGUUGCUUUGGCACUAAUAGCAGCUUUAGAAUUGGACACUGCUGAGAAAGAUCUAGAAAGUACUAAACUUGUACAGAUUUUACACAAACUGCUAAUAGAUGAGAGAAGUGCUCCUGAAAUAAAAUAUAAUUCCAUGGUUCUGAUCUGUGCUCUCAUGGGAUCCGAAUCUCUACACAAGGAAGUACAGGAUUUGGCUUUUCUAGAUGUUGUAUCCAAACUUCGCAGUCAUGAGAACAAAAGUGUUGCCCAACAGGCCUCUCUCACAGAGCAGAGACUUACUGUGGAGAGCUGAGAACUGCCCCUCCCUGAUAAUGGCAUCGUCCUAUCUCUGGUUUCUCCUUUGUCCUCCAUCCGGGUGCCUCUUCUGCUUCGUUCUCUUCCGUAUCACUUGUGCAUGCGUGUAAUGUUGCAAUACCAAUCGAAGAACUCUGUAGGUACCUGCCUAAUAAGAUUUCUAAACCCAUAGUUAAUGUGAACAUGAAUUUGUCAAAAACAAGUCUCCACCCAUAACUGUUCUUUUGUAUUCCUGUUGCUUGAGCUACAUUAAGUAGAAUGUGCAUGUUGUAGUCCUAUGAUGAUGUUAACUUGGUACUACAUACUGACUUGCUCCUCACACUUGGUAAACUACAUAAUAAUGUACUGGUAAAUUAGCAAAAAACAAGAAUGCAGCAGGAUCUGUCUAGCUUAUUAAAGAUGAUAUUGAAUAGUAAAAAUAGCUCCUUUUUUUUUUUUCUUUUUUUUUUUUCGGUGCUUGGUAAGCACAGUGACCAAAAAACUGUAUGGCUUUUCAUUCAUUAGUCUUACCUACCAAUGUCAAACUCAUGGUACCUAGAGUUAAAUAAAAUCCAGUGCUCUAACUCUUUACCCUAUGGUUUCUCCUUCUUCCUAACUAUGUAGACUCUUGAAACUGCCACAAUCUUGGCCAAACUUCCCUGGGGUUUUUAAUUUCAUGGUUAAUUGGCUGUCAUCAGUAACCUGAUGUUGAAAACAUUUGUAGUUUUCAGUAUGAAACUACAGGGCUGGAAUCCCUUUUACACUAGUACAUCUUGGAUUUUUGGCUAUAUUUUAUAUAUAUAUGCAGUUUCACUUUAGAACUUUUUCACCAACUAAUCAGGGUUGUCCAACACUUGUCUGUAAAAGUCACUUUGGCAUUUGUUUUCAACUAAGGAAACAAAUGUAGCUCAUUGGAGACUGGAUUUUUUCCCCCCGUUUUUCAUCAUUCAGCAUAAAAGCAAGAGGUUUCCUCUCAUAGUCCUUUUAAAUCAUAUUAGAACUAGCAGGACAUAGGAAAGCAUUAAAAACCUUUGUCUAGAUUAAAGGAAGGAAGCAGGUUAUAAAGCCAUAGUAGCCAGUUCAGUUCAUUCUGCAGGUGGCCUCAUUCCAGUGGCUUUUAGAGUCCCAACUCCACUUCCCACAGGGAACUGCAGAUCUUAAAGGCUCUCAGGAAAGGUGACAGCACCGGCACCCAGGAGAGGAGAAGACCUCCUUGGAGAACCAUAAUGUACUCUUCACUGCCACUACCACCACCAAAUGGAUUGUUAGAGCUUUGAAACACAAUCUUUGUAAAUUAAUCAAAGCGUCCCUGUACAUACCUGCCUUCUCCCUGGGCCCAAGUUUGACAAACAAUGGCUGAGAGGUAGAAUAGGCUGCAAUGUGGAAGGACUGCAGAACAGAAUGGGCAGCCAGGGAUAGCGGCUCCUUCCUCUCCACAUGGUGUACCUCUCUAGGUGAUCAGAAUUGGACUUUGGACUCUGAAACAGCUAUAAUCCAAGAAAGUUAAAACCCCAGUGGAGAUAAAGAACCCUUUGACUGAAUAUUCCCCUGAUGCCCAAGAAAGGGACUGCUAUAUGCUACACUUACUGCAAGAAGGAUCUUGUUUAUUGUCUUCUCCUGGACUGGAUAGUGGACUAUAUUUUAUUAUAGUUUUGAAAGACAUCUGUAAUGUAAAGACUGUCCAUAUUAAUAACUAAAUAAAUAAGUUGUAUAUCAAACCAUA